AUGUCGUGUGGGAAUGUGCGCAUCCCGUUCCCCUUUGGAACAGAGCUAGGCUGCUUUGCAAAUGAACAUCUCUUCCUCGCAUGUACUCCACCCUUGCCAGGGACCUUUCUUCGCGUACUUGAAUUGGCCAAUCGAUUGGCUGUCACUGACAUAUCUAUUGAAGACGGUAUUUUGCGCGUUCACGAGGAAUCAGAGUCAAGUGAUAUCUUGUCUGAUUCAGGCUCCCUCUAUGCUUUAUCCGGCAAAUGGGGUGUGGUGAAGUGGGUCGUUGAUAAAAUGACAUGCGAGCAGGCAAAGGUAAACGUGAACGACGACUUAUGCUUCAGCUUCCAUAGCAACUGUAUCGAUGUCACUGAUGAUGGAACACUCCAACAUCUCGGCUACCGCUGCAAGUGUUCUUCUGGUUUUGAAGGAAAUCCUUACAUUAAAGAUGGUUGCACAGAUAUUAACGAGUGCCUACAGCCAGAUAAAUAUACCUGCAAUGGCAUUUGCCACAAUAAAUUCGGGAGCUACACAUGCACCAGCACGGUAAUAUUAGGUGUCACCAUUGAAUUAAGCAGUGGUGGAGGCAUUCUAUUUCUUGCCGCAAUUGUUGCUAUUCUUACUCGGAGAUGGAAUCGGGUUAUUCAGAAGCGGCUGAGAAAAAAAUAUUUCCAGAAGAACAAAGGCAUCCUGCUUGAACAGCUUAUCUCUUCGGACAAAAGUGCCAGCAACACCACAAAGAUAUUCUCCUUGGAGGAGCUGGAGAAGGCAACAAACAGUUUCGACCAGUCCCAUGUGGUCGGACGGGGCGGCCAUGGAACCGUCUACAAGGGCAUCCUGACUGACCAGCGUGUGGUGGCCAUCAAGAAAUCAACGCUCUUGGUGCUCAGUGAGAUCGAAGAGUUCAUCAACGAAGUGUCCAUUCUGUCACAGAUCAACCACCGAAACGUGGUGAAGCUUCACGGAUGCUGCCUCAAAUCUGAGGUCCCUCUGCUCAUCUACGAGUUCGUAUCAAACGGCACACUCUAUGAUCUCCUGCACCACCCCUCCGAGCAAAACAGUAGCAUCUUGCUGCCCCUGUCCUGGGAGGAGCGCCUGAGGAUCGCCACCGAGAUCGCGGACGCGCUCGCGUACUUGCACUCUGCGGCUUCCAUCUCGAUCCUCCACAGAGACGUCAAGUGCAUGAACGUGCUCCUGGACGACAGCUACACUGCGAAGGUCUCAUAUUUCGGCGCGUCGAGAUUGAUCCCCAUCGAUCAAACGCACCUGGUCACUGUUGUUCAGGGUACGUUUGGGUACCUAGAUCCGGAGUAUUACUACACGGGCCAACUCAACGAGAAGAGCGAUGUUUAUAGUUUUGGAGUGAUACUUGUUGAGCUGCCGACAAGGAGGAAACCCAUCAUCCAGAAUGAGCAUCGCGAGAAGCAGAACCUGUCAAACUACUUCUUGUGGGCCAUGAGGGAGGGGACUCUCGAGGAGACGGUGGACGGGCAGAUCCUGGGGGAUGGAAGAGAGGAAGUAGUUAUGUGCAUGGCUCGGUUGGCGGAGGAGUGCCUCAGUCUGACUCGAGAGGAGAGGCCAUCCAUGAAAGACGUGGAGAUGAGGCUGCAGCUCCUCAUGGGGCGCUGUGUCGCACCGAGGGCGAGGCAAGACGAAGAGGCACGGCCUGCAGGGGGUGAUGGGCGUGGUGGCAUCGCUCCGGUGGUCAACCAACAUGGCUCACGUCAGUUCAGCCAAGAGUGA